AGAGCAGAAAAACUCCCACUGCAUCUCAUCCUGCAACACUGCCAAGCGAUGUAGAGAUACUUCUGCUCAAAACACCUGUUUUAGAUUCACGGGGGAAUCUAGACUUUACCAGACUUUCUAGAGAAGGAGCAUCGAAACAACUUUGCAAAGAUGAUUUCCGCAUGUCUGGAGAUUAUUGGACUUGGCUUGAGUGUCAUCGGGACCCUUUUGGUGAUGGUGGCUUGCGGGUUGCCCAUGUGGAAAGUGUCCGCCUUCAUCGAGGGCAACAUUGUGGUGGCGCAAACCAUCUGGGACGGGUUGUGGAUGUCCUGUGUGGUUCAGAGCACUGGUCAGAUGCAGUGUAAAAUGCACGACUCUUUCCUGGCGCUGACCACUGACCUCCAGACUGCUCGGGCUCUGACGGUCAUCUCAGCUGUCUUGGGUGUCCUGGCUCUCAUGAUAACCAUCGCCGGCGCUCAGUGCACCAACUGCAUCAGUAAAGAGUCCAUCAAGGCCAAAGUAGUCAACGUCGGAGGGGUGAUAUACAUCAUCGCGGGCUUGUUUGUGUUGGUGCCUCUGUGCUGGAUGGCCAAUAACAUCAUCUCAGAAUUCUACAACCCUCAAGUUCCUUAUUCAAAGAAGAGAGAAAUCGGAGCUGCGCUCUACAUCGGAUGGGCAGCAUCUGCCAUGCUUUUUUUCGGAGGAGCAAUUCUCUGUUUCUCACGUCCACAAGAUGAAAAAUCCUCGUAUCCCCUCAAAUAUGUUCCUCCACCUACAAAAAGCACAUCUGUCAAUGGGGACUAUGAUAAACGAAACUACGUGUGAUCACCUCAACCAUUAACCAUGGACUAGUGGCUCUGCGCAUUUGGACUUUCAAGGCUGUAAAGCUGUUUAGUAUUUGGUUUGUUCACCAAUAACAAUUCUUUUAAAUGAACAUGCAGUGUGAGAAAUAUUUUUUUUAAUUACAAAUAUUCCAUAAUCAUUAAAGCUGCAUGUCAUGAUACAAAGAAAUGUUGAUUAAAAUAGU